AUGACUGUUGUAAAUUUAACUAAUGGAACAGCAUCAUUAACAACUGAUAUUGCUCUACUUAAUGCUACGUUUACAGCACAAAACUGUAGUGGAUAUUUUUGGUUUUCAUCUGGUUCACAGACAGGUUUAGUUGCUAAUACUAAUGCUCUUGGUGGAUUGCUCGGCGCUCUUACGGGUCUGUUGACUGCUGUUUUAUGUCUUAUACCAUUGUUGUGUCCAGCAACUACAACAGCAGCACCUAUUAUUUAUGCUUUUACUGUAUGUUCUCGUACAAUACAACAAAGUAUUAUACAAAAGUGUUCAACACCAUCUCAACGAUUGGGUAUAGUUCAAUUCCAUUUCAAUAAACAAAAUAUGUAUGGUGGAAUAUUGAAUACAUUUUCUUCACAAAAUUCAAUAACAUGUAGUGGUAUAUGUUCAUCAGAUGAUUCAUGUGUUGGUAUGACAUUCAACAACGGAACAUGUACUCUUUAUAUGUAA